AUGACAUACUCUGGAGUAACACAAGCCUCUUUAGGCCAGUAUGUUUCACCGACGCUGCGACCCACAAACCCAUGGGCUCAACAAAUAUUCACCGGCACUUUUAGACCACCAAAUCCACUAGCGUACUGUUUGCCUCACGAAAAGGGUGAACAGGCAGUGACUGAGGAAAGUGUUUUUCGUUUCUCAUCUUUUUCGAGUGGUCAUUGUUCCAUGCUCGCGGAUCAAACUCAGUCCCACGCCUAUUAUGGUGAGGACUCCAGCUACACUAUGGAAAGAAUCAUGAGCAUGGUUGUAAGUGCAGUGGGACAAGAACGAGACAAAUUUGCUGCACUGCAAGAAGGUAAUCAUGUUUUAGAGCAGGAGUUGAAACAGGUUCAAAUGCGUCGAGAGGAGGCACAGCGUACAUUGCGUGAGUUUGGGCAUCUUUCACUGUCUCUCGCUGCUUUUCAUCAAGAACAAUUGCAGCUGCUUCAAGAAUUACAACAACAAUGA